GGGCGUAUAUCAGGCGGGUGCUUCCUCGUCGCAUUCCCCAUCCGUUUCGGGGUGUUCAUCUCGUUGAUCUAUUCCAUACUUUCAUUCAAGUUUCGAGCAUCCAGCAAACAUACGUCUCCAGACUUUUUCCACAGCAUCAUCAAAUCAUCAGUCAUCAUGGCCGAGUGGGCAAAGCAAACCUACAACCAGCAGUACGAGAAGUGGGUUCCUUGGCUCGAAGACCAGUACCUGAAGUGGUUCACCAAGGACAACAAGGCUAGCUAUGCCACCAAAGACACCCUAGGUCAGACCAAGGUCACCGGCGUCGAGCAAGUCGACACACUCCAAGACGGCGUCAACAACCUCGUCGGAAGCCAGGUCGGCAAGGGUGGUCUCCUGCAGCCCAUCGGCGACAUCGCGUCCAAGGAGGGCGUCAACCGCGCCGAGCGCCAGGGCAAGGACGAGGAUGGCGGCUACGUCCCGACCGCCGUGCCGGGCUCAGCGUCCCUGAACCAGGCCGGCAGCGGCGUCGCCGACGGCGGCAAGGCCGUUGCCGGUAAGACCACCGAGGGCCUCAAGGGCGCCGGUGGCUACGUCGGCGGUCUUUUCGGUGGCGGCGCCGGCAAGAGCAAGCCCGAGCAGAAGUAA